AUGCAUGGCCCAUGUGGAGUAUUGGAUCCCCAAUGCUCUUGUAUGAUAAUGCAAAAUGGAAAGCCCCAAUGCAAACAUCACUACCCUAAGGAGCUCUCAGCUUUCACCACACAUGCAGAUGAUGGUUAUCCUAUAUACAGAAGACGCAAUACAGGCGAGACUAUCUGUGUUCGUAAAGUUGAGCUAGACAAUCGUUGGGUUAUUCCUUAUAAUUCGUAUCUUCUUGCUUAUUUUGAUUGUCAUAUAAAUGUUGAAAUUUGUUCAACAAUUAAGGCUGUUAAAUAUCUGUAUGAAUAUGUAUACAAAGGCCAUGAUAAGAUUUCAUUUAGUAUUAGGUCUAAUAGUGAGCAACAAGUGGUUGAUGAGAUUAAGGCAUACCAAUCCGGUAGAUGGGUUUCGCCGCCGGAAGCUGCAUGGAGAAUAUUCAGUUUUUACCUGUAUGAUAUGAAACCAGCGGUUAUGCCUUUACAGGUUCAUUUGCCUAAUAUGCAGAGCGUUUGCUUUAACGCUGCGGAAAACCUUGCACAUGUUGCACACAAUCAAAGUAGAGCUAAGACUGUUUUGACAGAAUUCUUUUCUUAUAACGCGACACAUCCUUUUGAACCUAAAUAUUGCUUUCCAGAGUUUGUUGAGCAUCAUGUUUGGCAUUCACAAAGCAAAAGUUGGAACACACGAAAGCGAGGUACAUCGAUUGGUCGUCUUGCAUUUGUUGCACCUUGCGAAGGUGAACGUUAUUUUUUAAGAUUGUUGUUAGCACACGUAGUUGGUCCAUGCUCUUUUGCUGAUCGUCUCACAGUUGACGGCCACACAUGUUCAACAUUCCAUGAAGCUACUUUGAAACGUGGUGUAGUUGAGCCUGAUGAUUGGAUUGAUCGAUGCUUAGAUGAUGCAGUUACUGUUCACAUGCCUCAUGCUUUACGAAGGUUGUUUGCCACAAUUCUUUUUUUCCUCAAACCGAGUAAUCCUGCUCAAAUGUGGGAUAGCCUCACAGAAUUUUAUCUCUUAACUUGUCAAUCACUUGCCUCUUUUUUGGAGAACAUAGGAAGGAGUCUUAAAGAAUAUGGUUUAGAACACCUUUGUGGAAGCGAAGAUAUUUUGGUACAAAGAACAAGAUAUGUUAUUGAUGCUCUUGAUGCUCCUAUUCCAGAGGCAUGUAAUGCUGCAAGGAAACAACUCAACAAUGAACAACGAAUUGCAUACAAGUGUAUUAUUUCUCACGUGAAAAGGAAAAAACCAGCUUCCAACAUGCCUACUAGUCGUACGGCGCAUUCUAGGUUUAAACUACCUGUUGAUUAUGGACAAUCCUUUACGUGUAAUGUCGGUAAGCAAUCAAGUGUUGCUUCUCUUAUUAAGGAAAGUUCACUGAUCAUAUGGGAUGAAGCUUCCAUGGCUCGUAGAGAGAACAUCGAGUCACUUGAUUUGCUUUUACGAGAUCUAUGUUUACCUGAUGUUCCCUUUGGUGGUAAGGUUGUUGUUUCUAGUGGUGACUUUCGUCAAACUGUUCCAAUUGUUCCUAAGAAAUCACAACAAGAAAUAAUUGGUUACAGCUUAGUUCACACUUGUGGCCUCUUUUCACCCGAUUUGAACUAA